CUUUGUGGGCCUUACGAGGCUGCACCUGUCUGGAGUGCAGCUGGAUUCCCUGGGCCUCCUCUCCCGUCUUCGCGGCCUGACCGACCUCUCGCUUCACCUGCCGCCCGAGGGAUGCGACGCCGCUCGCCGCCACAACGUGACGCAGUUGGCGCCGCUGUGCGCCCUCAGCAGCCUGGAGCUGAGCAGCGGGGCAGGAGGAGGAGGAGCGGCAGGAGGGGCUGCAGGAGGAGGAGGAGCAGCAGCGGAGCAGCUGUUCCUGAAUGACGCACGGCUGCAGGCCCUAGCCCGUGGCUGCCGGCGUCUCGUCUCCUUCUCUUUCCGCGGUACCCUCCAGCUCUCCUCCUCCUCCUCCUCCUCCUCCUGCGCCGCCCUCUCCUCCCUGCUGCCCCGCCUUACCCGCCUGCACCUCCACAACGACAGCGACGCAGCAGCAGCCACCCUGGCCCUGCACUCCCUGCCACCCGGC